AUGGCCAAGAUCUCAACUGACAAGAAGAAGGCUUCGGUGGAGAAGGGCGAUCCCAGUACCCUUUCCCCUCAGUUGCUUGCGGCUGUUUCUUCCUUCCUGUUCGACAAUGGCUUCGCCGGUGCCAGCGCCUCCCUUGCAAAGGACUUAAAGAAGGCCGGCCAGGCUCAGACCGAGGUGAAAAAUGUCCCGUCUCUCCUGGACAUCUUCCAGUCGUGGGAGAAGAAGUCUGCUGCGAAGGAUUCCUCCGAAUCCUCCAGCUCGGGCAGUGACAGCAGCGAUUCCGACAGCGACAGCAGCUCUAGCUCGGACAGCGAUGCCAGCGACUCUGACGUCGAGAUGGAAGAUGCCCCCAAGAAAGACAACAAGGCUGCGCGCGCGUCCUCCCCCUCUUCCUCUUCUUCGUCUAGCUCCAGCUCUGACAGCGACGCCGACGAUGAGAGCGAGGAAGAGGCGGCUCCGAUUCCCUCCCCCGCUGUGAAGAAGCAGACCGGUGUGAAACGCAAGGCUGAAUCCAGCAGCGAGUCAUCCUCCGACUCUAGCUCUGACUCUGACUCUUCAGAGGACGAGGCUCCCAAGACCAAGAAAGCCAAGGUCUCCAGCACUAAGUCUGACUCUUCUUCGUCGGACUCCUCGUCUGAUUCCGAUUCUUCCGAUUCUUCCAGCUCUAGCAGCUCUAGCAGCUCCAGCGACUCCUCUGGCUCUGACUCUGGCUCUGACUCUAGCUCUGAUUCCGAUUCCGAUUCCGAUUCUUCCGAGUCCGAGAAGGAAUCUACCAAGAAGGCCGAUUCAAAGGCUCUUAAGGAAGCGAAGAAGACUCCUCUGCCGCCCUCCUCCUCGGCCAGCUCGGACUCUUCGUCUUCUUCUGAUAGCUCCGACAGCUCGGAUGACGAGAAGACCGGCGGCGUGUCCGUUGCCCGCAACGACUCUGACACCAGUGCUACUCUGUCUGCUUCACCCGUGGCUGUGAACAAGCCCGUGGAGAAUGUUCAGACUCCCUCCUCCAGCGCCAGCCCCGUCCCUGGAAACGGCCCGGCCAAGAAGAAGCACGUCGGUGCUCGCCCCACUCCCCUGGCUGCUCUGAGCGCCGAACCCUUCGAUGGCCCCCGUAACGACUACAUUUCCUAUGCCUACGCCGAUCGUGCCUUUGCAGACCUCUCGGUCACCCGUGGCAAGGGCUUCACCAAAGAAAAGAACAAGAAGAAGCGCGGCUCCUACCGCGGUGGCCCCAUUGAUAUCUCUGGCGGCAAGUCCUUUAAGUUCGACGACUAA